CCCAAGCAAUUCAUAACCUGUUUUAGAAAAAGCUUCUGCGAUGUACAGUAAAUGUGCUCAUUUUAAAUGACGUUGGGUCUCUCCUGAGAAAGAGGUCCCGGUGUGUCCUGAGCUUUGGUGAAGGAUGUCACGAUUCAGCUGAGCUUGUUAAAGAACAAGCAGCAGAAGAACAGCAGCAUGCCACACAAACGAAAGAAGAACAAUGCUGAAGUUGAGAAAGUCGGUGGAGGGAAGAUGUUACGAGAUAGGUUUCCUCUGAUUGGUUCAUCGGGUGGCAAAACUGCAGGUAAAGCGAGGCCCGCUCUAUCCACUCCUCAAGGUCCCCCUCAGGUCGAGACAAGAAAACGAGGCCGUCCCCCCAUCUCCUCCGCCACCCUCCCCGACAGCAUGGCACCCUGGGAAGGCUCCUCCCACUCCGAUUCCUCCUUUGCCAGUUUCCCCACUCCACUUUCUCCCCUCACCCCUGCUCACUCUAAUAAGCCAGUCAUCGCACGGGAGACCCAGCCCCCACCACCCCCUCCUCAAAUCAAAAAUACUAAACCGGAGAAUGGGCAGAGUGCCAGUGUAAAACGUAAGCCCCUCCCACCAAGACAUCCACCCAGACCUCCUAGGUUACCUCCUUUGAGGCAAAUCACAAAUCUUAGCUUCUCUCGUAGCUUCACAUUUUCUUUUUUUGAGCUGCCGGUUCAUCAGUCUGCACGGAGCCGAGCAGAGAGACUCAAAGAUCUUACUGUGCUUUUAAAGCAGUUUCAGUACUGACGCUCAGUAAUGAGGAAAAACACAGUACAUCUAGUUAGAUUCAAUUUUACGAAAUACAUGCAAAUUCAGUUACCUUGAUUUUACACUCCGUGUGAAUACGCCCUUUUCACAGUGACGUCACUUAACUUCCGCCUUUUUGCAAAGCAGUGUAUCAUAACAUCCGUCUUGCAACAAACAAUAAUAAUAAGAAGAACUUCCGUUUUGCCGUCGCGCUGGAAGAGAAAAAAACUGACAGAACACGUAUUCAAGUAGGCACGCACUUAAUCCUUGGUGUUUCGAGUCAGAUCCGUGGGCGUGGCUUGUUGGUUUUGACUAAAUCUUUGGUGUUUCAAGUCUUACGAAACCUUUACCCUAACCCUAACCUUACUCUAACCAUCUAAACUACCUAUGAUUGUUAAAAUUGACGAAAAAACACGUUUGGGUGAUCACGUCUGACUCGAAACACCAAGGAUUUAGUGAGUGCCUAUUCCAAGUACUUAUCCUAGCACCUUCGCUAACACAAAAAGAAAACAAAACCCUUACCUUCAUAAUCAAACAGGUCCUGUUCAACGAAGAAUUUGUAUCCUUUCUCUAGCUUUGAUCUUGUCGUUAGCGAAAAUUUGUCUGCAAGACGUUGUACAUCAUCUAGACGUAUUUGUGGCAGAUGUGCAAGCCACUUGGUAAACUCCAUUCUGAGGCGCUAGCAGUUUUACUGGCGGUUGGCAAAUCAGCUUAUAGGUGCAUUACCGCCACCUUAUGAACUGGAGUGCUAGCGGAAGUAAUGAUACACUGCUUCGCAGCAGAACGGAAGAUGCGUGACGUCAUGUGAAAGGGCGUAUUGGAAAACUGUUUUGUUUUAUUUCCUGUUUGAGGCUUGUAAAGAUUUUUAAUGGAAAAAAUGACACGUUAAAGGGACAGUUCACCCAAAAAUUUGAAUGAUAAAUGAUCAAAACAAUUUAGUCGUCAUUUAU